UUGCGUUUAGAAUCUUCUCGGUUUAUUCGUGUAUAUAAGCUCAGCUGCUCAUGGAUGAUGAACAGAAGUCUUAAGCUAAACACUGGAAUGGGCUCGACGACAGAAGCUCACGAUAAGCCUCAUGUCUUGUGCAUUCCAUAUCCUGCACAAGGUCACAUUAAUCCAAUGCUACAAGUAGCCAAACUUCUUCACCACAAAGGCUUUCAUAUUUCAUUUGUGUACACAGACUUUAACCACAAUCGCCUGAUCAAAUCUAAGGGGCAGCAGGCCCUCGAUGGCUUGUCAGACUUCCGGUUUUACUCAAUCCCUGAUGGCCUAGCCCCCUCAGACCCGGAUGCAACUCAAGAUAUUGCUACUCUGUGCAAGUACACUCCAGUUACCUGCUUAGCUCCUUUUAGCAAUCUUAUAUCCAAACUCAACGACUCUUUGGAUCUCGGGGUACCACCUCUGACUUGUAUUGUUUCUGAUGCAACCAUGUCCUUCACACUGAAAGCUGCUGAAAAGUUUGGUAUUCCUGAGAUUCUGCUCUGGACCGCAAGCACUUGCGGCCUCAUAGCAUAUAUGCAGUACCACCAACUCGUCGAGAGAGGCUAUACACCACUGAAAGACAUGAGCUAUCUAACAAAUGGAUAUCUUGAUACAAAAAUUGAUUGGGCUCCGGGAAUGAAAGACAUGAAACUGAAGGAUUUUCCGAGUUUCAUUAGGACUACUGACCCUAAUGACAUAAUGCUCAACUUUUUCAUAACUGAGACUGCAGCGCUUUGUAAAGCUCGGGCAGUUAUCAUAAACUCAUUUGACAGUCUUGAUGAGGAUGCUUUGGAAGCAAUUUCCAAGAGUCAACCACAUAUCUACACCAUUGGGCCUCUGCACUUAAUGUUGAAACAAAUUCAGGAUGAUAGACUAAUGUCCAUCGGCUCAAGUUUGUGGAAAGCAGAGGAAAGCUGCAUCGAUUGGCUUGACAAAAGAGAAGUAAACUCAGUUGUUUAUGUGAAUUUUGGUAGCAUCACCACCAUGACUGCUGAACAGCUCAGUGAAUUUGCAUGGGGCUUAGCUAAUAGCAAGAAGCACUUCCUGUGGAUAGUCAGGCCUGACAUAGUUGCUGGCGACACAGCCAAGGUACCUCCAGAGUUCAUGGCUGAGACGAGAGAAAGAGGCAUGCUGGCAAGCUGGUGCUCUCAAGAACAAGUCCUGACACACCCUGCCAUUGGACUGUUUUUGACACAUAGCGGGUGGAACUCGACUCUGGAAAGCAUUGCUAGUGGCGUGCCAGUGAUCUGUUGGCCCUUUUUUGCUGAACAACAGACCAAUUGUAAGUAUAGUUGUUCCGAAUGGGGAAUUGGACUGGAGAUUGAUAAUAAUGUCAAGCGAGAUGAAGUAGAGGACUUGGUGAGGCAGCUGAUGGAUGGUGAAAGGGGAAAGAAAUUGAAGAAUAACGCGAUGGAGUGGAAAAAGAAAGCUCAAGCAGCUGCUAGCCCUGGUGGCUCUUCUUCAUUAAAUUUAGACAGAUUGGUUAAUGAGGUGCUCCUACCAAAGUAGUUGAAAUCUGAUAACAGAACAUAUCGUAGAGUCAUGUUGCACGUUCCACUACAAACCAUCAUUCGUACAAAGCUACAAGCCAUCUAAAUGAUUGUUCCCAUUCAUCCAAACUUCUUGAUGCAAUAAAGAUCAGUUCCGCCAAA